AUGGCCGCGGCGACCCUUGAAGACAGCGACUAUGACGGCGACCAUCUCACGACCGCCAAGCGGGAUCAUUCCCCUUUCUCUCAGGACAAGAGAAAUGUUCUUCUCUCGACCGGUGGGACUCGUGUCUUCCCAACCAACGAAUCCCCGAAUCCACGUCAGCCGUUUUCCUCAGCCAACGGGCCCACGUGGCCGGAUAAGUCAUUCUCGCAGCCAAACCCAAACACAGAAGCCGCCGCAGCAGCCGCUACAGCCAAAGCCGCAGCGGAAGGGAUUCUGCCUCCUCUCGGUGCUACUGAAGCUAAGCAUAUACGACAUAGUCACCAGCUAAAUCACCCGCCGCAUCUUCACCACCCUAAAGCCGUCACACCGGAUGCUGACGUGGCCGCCGCGACCGCCAUCGCCGCUGCAGCCGUAGUUGGGCCUGCUGCUCCUGUCGCGUCACGUCCCGUGAAGCCGCUUAGUCAUCAUACCAAUGGCGGAACGGGUAGGUCUGGUGGGAGAGAAGGGGAGAUGGGGCAAGUCGCGCGAUUCAAGGAAGAGGUUGAGGACGAGGAGGACACGUCAUGCAGCAGCGAGUCCGCGAGAGCCGCCGGAUCUUCCGUGGGCUCCUGCGAGAGCACGUGCAUGCGAGUGCCACGUGGCGGGAUGGGGUUUGGCGCGGGAAUCGCGGAGAGCAGCGAGGAGCUGGACGAGUUGAGACUGGAAGUUGCGGAGUUGAGGCGACGAGUGGCGAGGCACGAGGAGGAGGCGAAGAAGCUGCGAGAUGAGGUGCUCUAUCUUCGCGCGUGCGGCUACGAGAUGCACUUAGCUAAGAGCCAGCAGCAGCAGGGGCGCGUUCUCACACCAGCGGCCAGCGCCUCACGGUUACCGUUCCAGGACGUGGGGAACCUCCCGGCAGCCGUGCCCGGGACCAUCUUAAACACGUUCGGUAAUCCCGAAAACGCGAUUUCGAGCUUAGAGAUGAUGAUGGGGAUGCGUGUAGCGGGGAUGGCGGAGAGCGCCGAGCUCAGGGGAGUUGGAACCGCAGGGGCAGGAGGAGCAGGAGUGGUGGGUGAGGGGCCGGCGGGAGAUCUAGCAGGAGCAGGAGUGGAAGCAGGGAAGGCAGGUCGAGGCGGGGAGCAGCACGCGCAGGGACAGAAGGAGAAUUGGGAGAACAGAGAGAAUAGACAGUCUGGGAAUGGAAUGGCCAGUGCUCCACUUGCAUCCCCUCCUCCGAUGCCAAUGCCGCCGAGGGGAGGCAGUGGAAGGGAGAACGGUUCGAAUGGGUUGAGCGGUUUGAACGGUUUCCAGGAACGAGCCAGUCCGCGAGGAACGGGUGGGGUGCAGGAGAGGGGGCGUGUGCAGGAUAGGGGGAGUGCAGGCGUGCGGGAUGCGAGGGGUAAUGCGAGUGGUGGUGAUGGGUUAUCCGUCCUGCCCCCCCUGUGGGCAUCUGAUUCCCCUUCGAAAGAGAACAGUCACAGGGAGGGCGGUGGGGGACGUGGUGCUGCUGGGGAAGCUGAUGUGGCAGUGGCUCCAGGAGCUCUUGCCUCUCCUCGUCCCGCUGCCACGUCAGCAUGCCCUGUCCUGCCAGCUCGGCCUGCCACGCCAGGAGCCGUCGCGCGGCCGCCAGUGUACAGCGGGCGAGCGAGUCUGGAGAAGAUGCGGCCGCCGCCUAUAAAGGGGAUGCCGCUGCCAUGGGAGUCGGUUGAUGACGUGGCGAAUCUGCAGGCUGGGAUUGGCUGUAAGAUUGAUGGAAGAGGUGGUGGUGGUGUUGUUGCUGCUGCUGCCGCUGCUGGAAAGGAGGGAAGGGUGUAUACCGGAGGAGAGGGGAUUGGAGAACAGGCGGAGCAGGGUAAGCAGGUGGGACAAGAGGAGGAGGGAGAGCAGGGUGUAGGCAGGAGUGUGGAGGCUGGGACGACUGUGGCGGGAGGUGUGGGGCUGGUAAGAUCAGGUUCGGGGAGCAGUGCGGUGAAGAGCGGUGGGAGGAGGAGCGGGCCUGCUUUGGUGUGGCGAGAGGUGAACGGAGAGGGUGUGUGGACGCUGGCUGGGAUGGAAGCGUCACAGGAACAGGAAAGCCAGAGUGCUGUGGGGCUAGGUUCUGCCAAUGCCCCUUGUGCUGCUGUGACUGAUUCUGCUGCUGGUGCUGUCAAUGCUGCUGGUAAUGCCACUCCUCAUGCUGCCGCUGGUGGUGGUGGUGGUGCUGCUGCUGCUGCUGCUGUUGUCGGUACAUCAGCAGUAGCAGCAGCAGGGGAGGAAUCAGGAGCAAAGACAGCAGCAGUUGCAGUAACCGAAAGGGUGACACAUGGAACAUCGGGAGAUGGCUCGGCAGUAAAAGCAUGGCUGGAUGGAACAGCAGGGGACCUGAUACAGUCACCCUCGAUAGACGAACCGGCAUGGGCGGUGGGCGUGUGGGACGAGGCAGGAGUGAGCGCGGAGCAGGGGGCACUGCAAGGGUAUUCACAAAUAGGGGGGACGUGUGAGAAUGAGUUGCAACUGCAUCCCACGAACCCUUUCCUCUCCCCUCCUGCUACAGACGCCUUUCUUUGGGAAGAGCAUGACGCUCCCUCUCCCAAUGCAGCAUCCGCGUUACAGGUGGACCCGUUAGAGGUAGCAGCAGCUGCUCCCGAAACAGAGUGCUAUCCGGCUGCAAACCGACCAACGCACGAGCAGCACCAGAAACAGCAGCAGCAGCAGCAGAUUGUGACAGAGGAGGUGCAGAUCCACCAGGGAGAGAAAGCUGAAGCGAGGGUGACAGGGAAGAGUGCAAUGAAGGGCGCUGCUCCUCGCACUGUUGCUAACGCCACACUCCCCGACACAACCCCCCGUGCCACGCCUCCCUCUGCCAUGCCCCCUGCCAUACCCCCAUCUGCUGCGCCUUCCGCAGCUGCCCCCACCACUCCCCUUGCUCACGCUAGUACCCCAACUCCCGGACUGGUCAAUCCCGCUUCGCCAGCUGGACUGCCAGCUGGACUGCCAGCGGGGCCGGAGGCGAAGCCAGCGCUGUGGGCGGCAGCAGUGGCAGCAGCGACAAUGAUGACCCCCACCGCCGCCCGGAUCUCGGACCUCCUCUUUGGCUCCUCCCCCCCUCCCUCUGGCUCCUCCCCCCUUCCCUCUGGUCCUUCUGACCCCAGCCCUCUCUCUGCCCCCUGUCCGCCCUCUGACAGUUUCUCUCUGGGUUUCUCAGGUGAACUCGACACGUAUGCAGCAGACGCAGCAGUGAACAGGCAGGGGGCACGUGCGACAAUGAUUGAGACGUUUCAAGACUACGCAGCAGCAGACAGGCAGGGGGCACGUGAACACAAUGUUACAGUUGUUUCAGCUGCCACAGCUGCUACAGCCGCGACUGCCGCUACAGCCGCGACUGCCGCUACAGAUGCUGCAGGCGCUACAGCCGGAGCAGCUGUGACGGGGUCAUCAGACGGCAGUAAGAUCUCUCUCUCUCUGGGCUCCCUCACCUCCCUCUCCUCCCCCUUCACCUCCCAGUCCCUUCCGCCCUCCUCGCCUGCCCUUAUGCCCCAUACCGCUGCCACCGCCUCCCCUGUCGCCACUGCUGCUGCUGCAGCUGCUGCUGCUGCCACUGCUGCUGCUGCCACUGCUGCCCUUACCUCCCCUCUUGGAUCUACCUCCCUCAGAUCAACCUCCCCUUUCAGCCAGUUGUACCCGCCCACAGCCACGAUCCACUCGCCCAAAUCUGCGCUGCGCUCCCCUGCAGGCAAGUCCACGCUGGUCAAACCUGCAUUGACCAAGCGUACCGUCUCCCCUAUAAGCAUGCUCGCUUCUCCGUUGAAGCGGCUGCUUGUGCCUGAUGGCAAGCGGAGCAGGUCUCCCUCCCCCACUGGCGGCUUACCUUCUCCUGCUGCCCCUCACUCUCCUUCCGCUGCUCUGCGCUCUCCUUUCGCUCCGCACUCUCCUGCUGCUCCGCGCUCUGCUGCUGCUCGUCUCUCUGCUGCUGUCGCGUCUGCUCGCUCACCCUCGCCUGUCACUCGGAGCCCGAGCCUGCCCCGGAGAUCGCCAAGCCUGAAGAAGGAGAAGAGGGGCGGGCGGCGGGCAGAUGGGGCUGAGGCGGACGCAGCAGGGAGGGCAGGAGAGAGAGACGCGCAAGGUGGGGCCGGGGGUGGGGUUGGGGAAGUGGAGGGGGUUAGGGUUCAAUCGAUUCUCUGCAAGAGCAAGUCGCCCAGGGAAGCUUCUGAGACGCCGCAGGUCACUGGUGGUGGGCAUGGUGGUGGUGGUGGUGCAAAGGCUGCGGGUGAGGUUGUGCACGAGGCGGCUAGAGAAGGCACAUGUGGUGCUGUUAAGGAGAGGGCAGAGGGCUCCCCUUGGAAUGCUGAUCAGCGUGCUGAGGAGGAUUUUAUUCGGAAAGAGGAUGCAGCGAGGAAAUGGGAGAAGGCUGUGGGGUUGGGCAGGAGGGAGGGAGGGGCGGAGGGGGAGGGUGAGGGGAAGAAGGAAAGGGCGUGGAGGAAGGGCAGUCCGUUUGGGAAGAGGCGAACAGUUGGAGCGGUGCAAGCUUCGGAGCGGCAGGAAGAUAAUUGUGGGGUGGUUGGAGAGCGAGGGGUGGAGGAACAAGAGACUUGUAAGGGGGAAGGACACAGGAGCCGGAAUCCGUUCUUCAGUGGGGAUGAAAGUAUGAGCCCUGAUGAGGGGGAUGCAGGUGCAGCUGAUUUGGAUAUGAAGGGACCUGAGAGGCUAGAGACUGUCACAUCAUUUUCAAAGCGAGGGGAUGUUAGGGCCGCUGGUGUCGUGCUAGGGGGCAGUUGGAGGCACUAA